CUUACGACCUGGUCGAUCGGGCCGAAUCUCCAGCACUAAUUGGUGUAUCAUCUAGGUAGUUACUCCGUACGAUCUACAACCAUCUACGCAAUCUCUCCCACUCCCACCCAAAUUCCAAUUCCAAUUCCAAUUCCAAUUCCAAUUCCAAUUCCAAUUCCACCAUGUCCACCCCAAUCCGCCCCUCCAGUCCAUCCCGCACUUCUGUCCUUCUCUCCAACCUGGCCUCCGUGACCUCCCGCGUCAACGCCGCUGCCGCCAAACGCACCACUACCACCACCACCGACCCCUCCAUCCCCCCACGUCUAAUCGCCGUCUCUAAACUCAAACCCGCUUCCGACAUCCUCUCCCUCCACCAACACCCCACCACCCAUCACCACUUCGGCGAGAAUUACCUUCAAGAGCUAACCGAGAAAUCACGUCUCCUCCCGCCCACCAUCAAAUGGCACUUUAUCGGCGGUCUGCAAUCCAACAAAUGCGUCACUCUCGCCCGGGACGUCCGCGGCCUCUGGGCGGUUGAGAGCGUUGAUUCCCAGAAGAAGGCUUCUCUGCUCGAUAAGGGCUGGGGCGAGCGGUCCGAGGAAGUCCGCGCCACGAACCAUGAGGACCGGCUGCGCAUCUUUGUUCAGGUGAAUACCUCCGGCGAGGAGAAUAAGUCCGGCGUGGAACCGGGCAGCGAUGCCGUGGAUUUGUGUCGCUUCAUUCGUGACAAGUGUCCCCGGUUGCGGCUGCAGGGUGUCAUGACGAUUGGGGCUAUUGCACGGUCCAAGGCUACGACGCCCGAGAAUGAGAAUGAGGAUUUUGUCUGUCUGAGGGACACGAGGGAUCGGGUCGUCGCCGAAUUGGGGCUCGUCGGAGAGGAUGCCCGCUUGGAAUUGAGUAUGGGGAUGAGUGAGGACUUCGAGGGCGCUAUUGCCCUGGGUAGUGAUGAGGUGCGCGUCGGAACUACCAUCUUCGGGGAGCGGCCGCCCAGAGAUCAGGCCAAGGUCAUCUGAGCUGGGUCGACCCUGCAGGGAUCCCGGGCUUUUGUGUAACGAUUCACGACAUGUAUACUACACAGUGGAGGAAGAAAAGAUAACCAAAGAAUCAAAACGGAAAGCGAAAGAAACCGGUGCAUCUCCAAUGCCCGGUUGCCGUCUUAUGUUGCGCUCGCUGCCUGUACAUUAAGAAAAACAAAGAACAGCUUUCCGCUUGUCCCAGGUAUAUACGUGGUUGAUAUCAAUAACAAAUACACCCCCGUCGACAAGCAGGUAAUGGAGUAAGAAGAAUGGAAAACACGGGAUUACAAGUGAACGACUCCGGGCAUCAUCGUCCGGUGUCCCAUCGCUCGCCUUGCGACAGUUUCUGCUCCAUCUGUUUUGCCAGCGCCACCGGCACCGAUUCCUGCGUCGCUCGGAUCGUGGCUCGGAACAU